AUGCGACGACCGCGCCGAGGCGGCUUGAUGAUCGCGGACCGUGAAUGCUGUUUUCCAGCAGGCUCAGCGGCCCAAGGAAGGGCCGUAUCGAUUGGGACACAUGAAGCCAGUAAAUGCGUAGGGCCUAACGAGACGAAAGUGGGUCGCACACACGAGCUCCUGUGUACGUACGUACGAGAUAAUGUCUGUUACAUUGCAUGUCUGUAUGCAGGUGCAAGUGAACGUGAAGAUUCAACUUCUGACCUCGAUGGUCUAUGUGAAUGUGCGUGUGCGUGUACGAAUGCAAACGCGAGAGUUCGUGAAAGAUUCGUAUUAGAGUAG